GGAAGCCCGGACUCCGUAGUCGCUGCUCGGAGUCCGUCUCUCCGCGGGUUCCCGGUCCAGCCGUUCUCAGUUUUCUGUAGUCUGCGGUUCGCCGCCCCGCUAGCCGCCGCGAUGCCGGUGUUUCAUACACGCACGAUCGAGAGCAUCCUGGAGCCGGUGGCGCAGCAGAUCUCGCACCUGGUGAUCAUGCACGAGGAAGGCGAGGUGGACGGCAAAGCCAUCCCUGACCUCACUGCGCCUGUGGCCGCCGUGCAAGCGGCCGUCAGCAACCUCGUUCGGGUUGGAAAAGAGACUGUUCAAACCACUGAGGAUCAGAUUUUGAAGAGAGAUAUGCCACCAGCAUUUAUUAAGGUUGAGAAUGCUUGCACCAAGCUUGUCCAGGCAGCCCAGAUGCUUCAGUCAGAUCCGUACUCCGUGCCUGCUCGGGAUUACCUCAUCGACGGGUCAAGGGGCAUCCUCUCCGGCACAUCGGACCUGCUCCUCACCUUCGAUGAGGCUGAGGUUCGUAAAAUUAUUAGAGUUUGCAAAGGAAUUUUGGAAUAUCUUACAGUGGCAGAGGUGGUGGAAACUAUGGAAGAUUUGGUCACUUAUACGAAGAAUCUUGGACCAGGAAUGACAAAGAUGGCCAAGAUGAUUGACGAGAGACAGCAGGAACUGACUCACCAGGAGCACCGAGUGAUGUUGGUGAAUUCAAUGAACACCGUGAAGGAGUUGCUACCUGUUCUCAUUUCAGCUAUGAAGAUUUUUGUAACAACUAAAAACUCAAAAAACCAAGGAAUAGAAGAAGCUUUGAAAAAUCGCAAUUUUACUGUAGAAAAGAUGAGCGCUGAAAUUAAUGAGAUCAUUCGUGUAUUACAACUCACUUCUUGGGACGAAGAUGCCUGGGCCAGCAAGGACACUGAAGCCAUGAAGAGAGCAUUGGCCUCAAUAGACUCCAAAUUGAACCAGGCCAAAGGUUGGCUCCGUGACCCCAGCGCCUCCCCAGGGGAUGCUGGUGAGCAGGCCAUCAGGCAGAUCUUAGAUGAAGCUGGAAAAGUUGGUGAACUCUGCGCAGGCAAAGAACGCAGGGAGAUCCUGGGAACCUGUAAGAUGCUAGGGCAGAUGACUGAUCAAGUGGCUGACCUGCGAGCCAGAGGACAAGGAGCCUCACCGGUGGCCAUGCAGAAAGCCCAGCAGGUGUCUCAGGGUCUGGAUGUGCUCACAGCAAAGGUGGAAAACGCAGCCCGCAAGCUGGAAGCCAUGACCAACUCAAAGCAGAGCAUCGCGAAGAAGAUCGAUGCUGCUCAGAAUUGGCUUGCCGAUCCAAAUGGUGGACCAGAAGGAGAAGAACAGAUUCGAGGGGCUUUGGCUGAAGCUCGGAAAAUAGCUGAAUUAUGUGAUGAUCCUAAAGAGAGAGAUGACAUUCUCCGUUCUCUGGGAGAAAUAUCUGCUCUGACGUCUAAAUUAGCAGAUCUACGAAGACAGGGAAAAGGGGAUUCGCCAGAGGCCCGAGCACUGGCCAAACAAGUGGCCACAGCCCUGCAGAAUUUGCAGACCAAAACCAACAGGGCUGUGGCCAACAGCAGACCCGCCAAAGCAGCUGUCCACCUCGAGGGCAAGAUUGAACAAGCACAGCGGUGGAUUGAUAAUCCCACGGUGGAUGACCGGGGAGUCGGUCAGGCUGCCAUCCGGGGGCUCGUGGCCGAAGGGCAUCGUCUGGCUAAUGUCAUGAUGGGGCCUUAUCGCCAAGAUCUUCUGGCAAAGUGUGACCGCGUGGACCAGCUGACAGCGCAGCUGGCUGACCUGGCUGCCCGAGGGGAAGGGGAGAGUCCUCAGGCCAGAGCACUUGCAUCUCAGCUCCAAGACUCCUUAAAGGAUCUGAAAGCCCGGAUGCAGGAGGCCAUGACUCAGGAGGUGUCAGAUGUUUUCAGUGAUACCACAACUCCCAUCAAGCUGUUGGCAGUGGCAGCCACUGCCCCUCCUGAUGCACCCAAUAGGGAAGAGGUAUUUGAUGAGAGGGCAGCUAACUUUGAAAACCAUUCAGGAAGGCUUGGUGCCACAGCCGAGAAGGCGGCUGCUGUUGGAACUGCCAAUAAAUCAACGGUGGAAGGGAUUCAGGCCUCCGUGAAGACGGCCCGAGAACUCACACCUCAGGUCGUCUCAGCCGCUCGCAUCUUACUUAGGAAUCCUGGAAAUCAAGCUGCUUAUGAACAUUUCGAAACUAUGAAGAACCAGUGGAUCGAUAAUGUUGAAAAAAUGACAGGGCUGGUGGACGAAGCCAUUGAUACCAAAUCUCUGUUGGAUGCUUCCGAAGAAGCAAUUAAAAAAGACCUGGACAAGUGUAAAGUAGCCAUGGCCAACAUUCAGCCUCAGAUGCUGGUCGCUGGGGCAACCAGCAUUGCUCGUCGGGCCAACCGGAUCCUGCUGGUGGCUAAGAGGGAGGUGGAGAACUCUGAGGACCCCAAGUUCCGUGAGGCUGUGAAAGCUGCUUCUGAUGAAUUGAGCAAAACCAUCUCCCCAAUGGUGAUGGAUGCAAAGGCUGUGGCAGGAAACAUUUCUGACCCUGGCCUGCAAAAGAGCUUCCUGGACUCAGGAUACCGGAUCCUGGGAGCUGUGGCCAAGGUCAGAGAAGCCUUCCAACCUCAGGAGCCUGACUUCCCGCCUCCUCCGCCAGAUCUUGAACACCUCCGACUGACAGAUGAGCUUGCUCCUCCCAAACCACCUCUGCCUGAGGGUGAGGUCCCUCCGCCCCGGCCCCCACCACCAGAGGAGAAGGAUGAAGAGUUCCCUGAGCAGAAAGCCGGAGAGGUGAUUAACCAGCCAAUGAUGAUGGCUGCCAGGCAGCUGCACGAUGAAGCUCGCAAAUGGUCCAGCAAGCCGGGUAACCCAGCCGCUAAGGUGGGUAUAAGUGUUGUAGCUGAGGCAGAUGCGGCUGAUGCUGUUGGGUUCCCUGUCCCCCCUGACAUGGAAGACGAUUACGAACCUGAGCUGCUGUUAAUGCCAUCCAAUCAGCCGGUCAACCAGCCCAUUCUGGCCGCGGCUCAGUCAUUGCAUCGGGAAGCUACCAAGUGGUCUAGUAAGGGCAAUGACAUCAUUGCAGCAGCCAAGCGCAUGGCUCUGCUGAUGGCUGAGAUGUCUCGGCUGGUCAGAGGAGGCAGUGGUACCAAGCGGGCACUGAUUCAAUGUGCCAAGGACAUCGCCAAGGCCUCAGAUGAGGUGACUCGGUUGGCCAAGGAGGUUGCCAAGCAGUGCACAGAUAAGCGGAUUAGAACCAACCUGUUACAGGUAUGUGAGCGAAUCCCAACCAUAAGCACCCAGCUCAAAAUCCUGUCCACGGUGAAGGCCACCAUGCUGGGCCGCACCAACAUCAGUGACGAGGAGUCUGAGCAGGCCACAGAGAUGCUGGUUCACAAUGCCCAGAACCUCAUGCAGUCUGUGAAGGAGACUGUUCGAGAAGCAGAAGCAGCUUCAAUCAAGAUUCGAACGGAUGCUGGAUUUACACUGCGCUGGGUUAGAAAGACUCCCUGGUACCAGUAGACACCUGGUUGAAUCUGGCUGACACAGAAAUCCCUGCUAAGCAGAAUGAAAAUGAUCUGAGUUUCAGGAGCUGCCCAGGAUUUGCUAGGAGGGUUGAAAGCCACAUCCUGGCCUGACAUAACAGAAAGGAAUGUGUCCUUUUCACGUUAGAAAACAUUUAUACUCUUGUCAUGGACACUUUGAAACGUGUCUCCGUAUAAAGCCUGUAUCCUCAAACACGGUUAUACUCGUGCACACUCUAUCCCAGUAGACAGACUGGGUUUCUAGCCCAUGGACUUCACAUAAGCUCAGAAUCCAGCAGUGAACACUAGCCAGACACCCUGCUCUGCCCUGCCCUUCCUUGUUCCUUAGAGGACAGUCACCUCUCUGCUUCAUUUUCCCUGCACCUCUCCAACCCCCACCCCUCUCUCUGCCAGGCUCCCAAGAUCCAGGGCCCAGGCAAGUCGGUUAAGAGGGAAAUCACUGUGCCUCCAAAAUUUGCUUUGGGCUUUCUAUGUUGCUGCUGAUCCUGCCUGCCUUCUCUGGGGGUGCUACCUGGGUCCUUUUCAGAAGUGAGCUUUGUUGCUGCAGGGGAAGGUGGCCACUAGGGAGCCCCAGCAUAUAGCUCCUGGAUUCACUUCCUGUCCUCCCCCAUUUAAUCCUUCUGUUUCCACAGUGCAAAACCAAAUUUCACUUUGUCAGGGGGAAAUCACAGAAUCACAGGAUUCUGUCUUUACCAUGCCCGAGAGCAAUGUCUGUGCUAGGGAAACUUUCCGUCCCAUAUCCUGCCUCGGCCUGCCAAGGUUAGCCAUCCCACAAACACACUGUGUGUCCUGGUGCUCUCUGCCAGAGAGGCAGAGUAGCCUGGGUGUGGCCCUGCCCAUCCUCCCAGCAGGGCCACUCCCAGGCAUUCCACGCUUUGUCACUGCCUGCAGAGGUCUGUGCUGAGGCCUUACCAUUCAUUCUUAGCUGAAAUGCUGCAUUUAAUUUUUAACCAAAUCAUGUCUCCUGUCCUGGCUUUUGUACUCUUCCCUCACACCCUUCCUAAACAAGAUUUUAAAGAUAAGUGUUUGUUUUAUAAUUUUGAAAGAUCCUUUUUAUCCUUUUGAAAUUCAGUCCUAAGAAUUGGUGCUUGCCCCCCAGGGGUGUUUAAUGGAAAGGCAAUCCUGUCUGAAGGACACUUUCUACCCAAGGGAAGUGGUACCUGCAGACAGGAAUUCUGGCGCUGCUGGGGAUAAAUCAAUGAGAAAUAGUCCUUAGUAACUCCUACCUCCCUCAGCCAACCACCACCAAGCCCCUUGCAUCCUCUCCUCCCUCCCAAGUACAGGUGGUCGAGAGUGAUGCGUAUAGUAUAUAAUUAUCACCACAGUAAGUUUCCUAUUAGCAAAGUGACAGAGAAGGUAAUUUUUCCUUUUCUGUACGUAUCACUGCUGUCUAAGCAUUCCCCAGCACAUGAAACUGUAUUUCUUCCCAAAGCCAGAACUGGAUGAGUAAAGUAGUACGAACCCUUGCCUGAAUGUUCUUUCCCACCUCCAGUGUGUGUUAGAUCCUAACAUCGAAUGUGUAAACCUUGUCUUAAGUUGGUACUGUACACUCAGGCUUCCUCUAUUCCUUUUAACUGAUGAUUAUUUUCAAGGCCCUCAGCAUCUUUGUAUAGUUGCUUACUUGAUAUAAAUGCAAUAUUAAUGCCUUUAAAGUAUGAAAGUAUGAGUCUAUGCCAAAGAUCACCUUUUGUUUUACUAAAGAUUACUAAGAGGAAAUAAGAAAAAUCAUGUUUGCUCUCCAAGUUCUUCCAGUGUUUUGAGACACUGGUUUACACUUUAUGCCGAUGUGCUUUUCUCUAGUAUCAGUGCUCAAGACACAGUGAAGCAAAUUAAAAAAAAAAAAAUCCCUGAAUGCUGAUUAGAGAUAUCACCACUAAAAAACUCCAUUUAUAA